AAUAAUAGAAUAUAUGUGAAUUUUGAACCCAGUAUGGCUCAGAAGAGGAGCUCGAGUGGGCGGUCAUUCCCAUUGCUGCUUCUGAUUAUUGUUGUGGCCUUUGUUCAUUUAACUGUCUGUCCUUUUACAAAAGUGGAGGAAAGCUUUAACCUACAAGCUAUCCAUGAUGUGGUGUACCACCAGCUGGACUUGGAUAAGUAUGACCAUCAUGAAUUUCCUGGAGUUGUCCCAAGAACGUUUCUUGGACCGAUUUUUAUUGCUGCUCUUUCCAGCCCUGCUAUAUAUGUACUUUCUGUGCUAAGAAUGUCCAAGUUUUACUCCCAGCUGAUAGUCCGAGGAAGCUUGGGGCUCAGUGUGAUUUACACACUAUGGAAGUUGCAGAAAGAAGUUAGAAAGCAGUUUGGAGCAACUACAUCAACAAUCUUCUGUCUCAUCACUGUUACUCAGUUUCAUUUGAUGUUUUACUGUACACGAACCCUCCCUAAUGUGUUUGCACUUCCUUUUGUGCUCCUGGCAUUGACGUUUUGGAUCCAGCAAAAGCAAAGGCCAUUCAUUUGGUUCUCAGCUUUGGCAAUUAUAGUCUUCAGAUCAGAGCUCUGCAUAUUCUUGGGCCUCAUGCUCCUGGUGACGUUAUUAACUAAAAGAAUCUCCAUUUUCAAGGUCCUUUCCCAUGCUGUUCCUGCUGGAAUUUUUUGGUUGGGGCUAACAGUUGCUGUGGAUUCUCUUUUUUGGAGGCAACUUGUGUGGCCUGAGGGGAAAGUGCUCUGGUAUAACACAAUUUUGAACAAAAGUUCCAACUGGGGAACCUCCCCCUUCUUGUGGUAUUUCUAUUCAGCCCUGCCUCGUGCUUUGGGAUGCAGCAUUAUAUUUGUACCUUUGGGUAUAGCAGAAAAGAGAACUCGGAUAUUACUUCUGCCAGCACUGGGCUUUAUUUUCUUAUAUUCGUUUCUCCCACACAAAGAGCUGCGUUUUAUCAUAUAUACUUUCCCUGUCUUCAACAUAGUGGCCGCUAAAAUGUGCUCACGAAUUCUGAAUAACUACCGGAAAUCCUGGCUGUACAAACUUGGAUCUUUCUUUGUUAUAACACAUCUUAUAGUUAAUGCUGCUUAUUCAGGAACAUCUUUAUAUGUUUCACAUUUCAAUUAUCCUGGAGGAGUGGCAAUUCAGAAGUUGCAUGAGUUGGUACCUUCAACAGCAGACGUCUCUGUUCAUAUUGAUAUGGCUGCAGCACAAACAGGAGUUUCUCGGUUUCUAGAAAUCAAUUCAGAUUGGAGGUAUGACAAAAGAGAAGAUGUUAAACCAGGAGACCAGUUGAUGUUUUCUUACACACACAUACUGAUGGAAACAAACCCUCUUCAAAUAUCACAUUACAAGACAACCCACAGGCCACUGGCAAAUAUACCUGGCAUCAGUAAAAUUGGGUUGAACCUUACUGCGCUACCUCCUUUUACUUUAAACUUGAAACCAAAAUUAGUACUGUUGGAAAAACUUCCUCUAUCAUCUUGACUGUGAAUUUUAAGUAAGUCUUUUGAUGUAAUUUUGCUGAUGACUGAAUAAGACAGCAGCAAAUUGUCAUUCCAGCACUGCAAUUCAGCUUCUGUGGAAAGGCACGGAAAAUCUUUGUACCGAUUGGUAUUUAGCACAGUCCUGUUUCUUACAUAAAUAUUACAAUGCAUUCCUAGUCAGAAUAUACUCAAACACUGAGUUGUAUUGUUAGAUAUGUUUGAGAAAGGCUACCUACAAAUUUAGUGGUAUUAAGUAAAACCUGUCUACUUGGUUUGGGUAGCUGUCUGUUUCAUAACGUAGCACAGGUAUGUCCUAAUUGUCCUAUAUAAGAUACAUAAUGGAACAGGUUUGUGCUACGGCAAUAAUUUGAUAUGUAAUCUGUGUGUGCAAAGAUGUAUUACUUGAUGUAUCUGCAGGAUUGUAACGCCCUCAGUUGUCAGAUUGCCUGAAACUUAAUGAUGUUAUCAGCAUAGGAAAGCCAUAUUCAUUGUAGCUUCAUCACAAUACCUAAUUGUGCCCUGUAGGCUACCAAACUAAAGUGAAAGAUUUGCUUAAAAAGCAGCUGGACUUCUUGACAAGCACUGUCUCAUAACAGAUUGGAGUACUAAAGGGUGGUUAUCUUUAUUCCAACAGUUCAUGAAUAAGCAGCAACUUGGAUUUCACAGGAAAAAGAAUU